CAGCCAGUUCUGGCCAGUUCACUGCUGCUAGAGUACUCAUUCUCAGCUGUCAACACAGCGCAACCUUCCAAUUCGGCUUUCUGCCUUGAUAGCGUUUUUCAAAUAAACUCAGCGCAGUUUUUUCCUCCGACGUUUUCCUUCCGACAACACCCACGGCCCUUGUAAUCAUGACACGAAGGUGAUCUUCAGAGUGUCCAGGUGGUUCUGGGUUCCAGGUUGUUGUUCUGAGAGCGCAAGCUACCUGUGGGGAGGUGGACCGCCUUGGGCAUCGUGUUCCCGGCUCUUAAGUGAUUAGGGAAGGGGAUUGGCAAACUAUUCUGCAAUAUGGAGAAAGAAGAUCUAAAGCUGCUUAACAAGGGGGAGGAGGAAGAGAUGGAGCUGCAUGGCUACCGCUUAUGUCGCUGGCGGCUGGCCCUUUUGGGCUUUGGGGUGCUCUGCACAGGAGGCUUCCUCCUUCUCCUACUCUACUGGAUGCCAGAAUGGUGUGUCAAGUCCACCUGCACCCGUACCACGGCCCGAGAUGCAGAGGUGGUGUUGCUGCGCUCCACGGAUGAAUUCCGGCGCUGGUUCUUGGCAAGGGUGCAGGUGAUGCUUGCUCCAGGGAGCAACCCCUUCCACAGCCUGGAGACCCAGACCACCUCCCCCUCAUCCCCGCACUCCUCACCCUUCUCCACCCCUGCUGCUUCACCUGUGGCCAACGGACACACUCCUCACCCCUCCGAUGGCGGCCCUGCUCAGGAGCUCAUGACAAGAUUUUCCGACUACCAGCCCACACAGAUUCGCUAUUUUACUUUCCAUAGCACAAAGUAUUACUGGAACCAUGAGCUGCAGAACUUUCAGGUUCUAAUUGGCCUGGAGGAUAUGCAACCCAAGUGCUCCACCAUCCACAAAGAGCACAGCACAGGCCUGACCAGGAACCAGCAGGAAUACAGGAAAUUGUUCUUUGGAGUGAAUGAAAUCGCAGUGAAAGUGCCUUCUGUUUUCAAGCUGCUUAUCAAAGAGGUCCUCAACCCUUUUUACAUCUUCCAGCUCUUCAGUGUGAUUCUGUGGAGUGCUGAUGAGUAUUACUACUAUGCUGUGGCCAUUGUUUUCAUGUCGGUCGUAUCCAUAGCUACCUCUCUGUACACCAUCAAAAAGCAAUAUAUCAUGCUUCAUGAUAUGGUGACAGCUCAUAGUAUUGUCCGUGUGUCUGUAUGCCGAACCAAUAAAGAUAUCGAAGAGAUCUUGUCUACUGACCUGGUGCCUGGUGAUGUAAUGGUUAUUCCCAACAAUGGGACCAUCAUGCCUUGUGAUGCUGUGCUGGUCAGUGGCACCUGUAUCGUUAAUGAAAGCAUGCUCACAGGUGAAAGCGUUCCUGUGACAAAGACCAACCUCCCAAACUCAGUGGAAGGGGAGGGUGACGAUGCCUACAACACAGAGGAACACAAGAGACACACUCUCUUCUGUGGCACCAAUGUUAUUCAGACCCGCUUUUACACAGAUGAGCUGGUCAAAGCUGUGGUGGUCCGCACAGGGUUCAGCACAGCCAAGGGCCAGCUGGUGCGCUCCAUCCUUUACCCCAAACCCACUGACUUUAAGCUGUAUCGCGAUGCCUACCUCUUCCUGUUGUGUCUUGUGGCUGUGGCUGGGAUUGGCUUUAUAUACUCCAUAGUACUCAGUAUCAUAAACAAGGUGCCAGCAAAAACGAUCAUCAUUGAGUCCCUGGACAUCAUAACUAUCACUGUGCCACCAGCGCUGCCGGCAGCCAUGACAGCUGGAAUUGUGUACGCCCAGAGGCGUCUGAAACAAUCUGGCAUUUUCUGCAUCAGCCCGCAGAGGAUCAAUAUUUGUGGGCAAAUCAAUUUGUUCUGUUUUGAUAAAACUGGGACCCUGACUGAAGAUGGGUUAGACCUUUGGGGAGUUCAAAGAGUUGAAAAUAGCAGUUUUCACCUGUCGGAGGAAAAUGCCUACAAGGAAAAUCUUGUCAAGUCACAGUUUGUGGCCUGCAUGGCAACCUGCCACUCCCUUACCAAAAUAGAAGGCCAGCUGUCUGGAGAUCCACUGGACCUAAAAAUGUUUGAGGCGACAGGCUGGAUCCUGGAAGAAGCCACUGAAGAAGAAACGUCACUCCAUAAUCGCAUCAUGCCCACUGUAGUCCGCCCACCAAAGCAGCUGUUGCCCCCAGAACCUGCAUCGUCUUCAGAACGGGACAUGGAACUCUAUGAGCUUUCGUCAGCGUAUGAGAUAGGCAUCGUCCGGCAGUUUCCUUUUUCCUCAGCGCUUCAGAGAAUGAGUGUGGUCGCUCGUCUGCUGGGGGAGAAGCGUAUGGACGCCUACAUGAAGGGAGCGCCAGAGGUGGUGGCAAGUCUCUGCAAGAAUGAGACGGUUCCGGAGGACUUUGCAGAAGUUUUAGAGGAUUACACUAAGCAGGGUUUUAGAGUGAUUGCUUUGGCUCACCGUCGUCUGGAAUCCAAACUCUCCUGGCACAAAGUCCAAAAUAUCAGCAGGGAUCACAUAGAGACAAACAUGGAGUUCCUGGGUCUUAUAAUCAUGCAGAACAAACUGAAGAAUGAAACUCCGGGAAUCCUGCAAGAUCUUCAUAGAGCAAAUAUCCGCACUGUCAUGGUCACUGGUGACAACAUGUUGACCGCAAUUUCAGUGGCCCGUGACUGUGGAAUGAUCCCUCCCGAUGACACCGUCAUAAUCGCUGACGCUCACCCUCCACAGUAUGGACAACCUGCAAGGAUUACUUGGAGAUAUGCUGACAAACCCAGCAAGACCUCUCGAUAUGAGGAAGUAAACAUAACCCUGGAGGAUGUGUGUGACGCAGAUGAGCCCAAGUCAAAGGAGCAGUACCACUUUGCCAUGAAUGGAAAGUCUUUUGCUACAAUUUUGGAGCAUUUCCCUGACAUGCUACAAAAGCUUGUGCUGCGUGGGACUGUGUUUGCUAGAAUGGCACCUGACCAGAAAACCCAGCUGAUCGAGGCGCUGCAGGGAGUUGAUUACUAUGUAGGAAUGUGUGGAGAUGGAGCAAAUGACUGUGGGGCUCUGAAAAGGGCACAUGGUGGGAUCUCUCUGUCAGAGCUUGAAGCAUCAGUGGCAUCACCGUUCACCUCAAGGACCCCCAACAUCUCCUGUGUCCCCAACCUCAUCAGGGAGGGCCGUGCAGCUCUUAUCACCUCUUUCUGUGUAUUCAAGUUUAUGGCUCUCUAUAGUAUAAUCCAGUACAUCAGUGUGACUCUUCUUUACUCGAUCCUAAGUAACCUUGGGGACCUUCAGUUCCUUUUCAUAGAUAUUGCUAUCAUUCUCAUUAUUGUCUUUACCAUGAGUCUGAAUCCAGCGUGGAAAGAUCUGGUGCCACGUCGCCCCCCGUCUGGUCUCAUCUCUGGCCCUUUGCUGUUCUCUGUGUUGACCCAGAUCCUCAUCUGCUUGGGCUUUCAGAUCAUUACAUUUGUCUGGGUUCAGAAGCAGGCCUGGUACACCGUCUGGACGCCUUUUACAGACGUCUGCAACCACUCAACACAACUGAAUGUGUCUGAACUGAACAACACGGAGUUGGACGAACAUAACAUCCAGAACUUUGAGAACACCAGCCUCUUCUAUGUCUCCUCGUUCCAGUAUCUCAUUGUUGCAGUUGUUUUCUCCAAGGGCAAGCCCUUCAGGCAGCCCAGCUACAAAAAUUGGCCUUUUGUACUCUCUACUGUGGGUCUGUAUAUAUUUCUGCUGUUCAUCUUGUUUCAUCCUGUGGAAAGCAUAGAUGAAACUUUGGAGAUCGUUUGUGUCCCGUUUGAAUGGAGGGUCAAACUUUUUCUGAUCAUCCUCGUCAAUGCUGCUGUGUCUGUUUUGGUGGAGACCUUCAUCCUUGACAUCGUCUUAUGGAAGCUUGUGUUCAGCAGAGACAAACAGGGCAACUUUGGCGUCUCCCCUGCCGCCCCGACACCACAGGGGGGGAUUGAUUUGCGAAUUUAUGAGCGUCUUUCCUGGCUGAGUUGUUUGCGCAAGAGAGCACCCAAAGCCCGCUACAUGUAUCUGGCCAAGGAGCUCAUGGUGGACCCCGACUGGCCCCCAAGGCCAACCACCACCACCGAAGCCAACAGUUCUACUUAUGAAAUGAGAAUCAACUCCUAGCAUCCAUAACACUACCAUCUUUAUCUUAUAACAUGCUUAGUGAUCAUACGAGGAUGUGUUCUUUUGCUAUCAAGGUGCAUAACAAGAUUUCUGUUGCUAGUCUUUACCCCUCCCCAUCUUAAUAUAACUGCAAAAGCUGUGGGUUUGCACACAUAUACCAAAAAACUCAUUGUAGCUUUCUUACCCAUGGACUCCAUACAAUAAAAGAUCUCAGGUAUCUUCUUUUUUUUUUUUUUUUGCAAUGUUUUGAAAACGGCAGUAAAGUCAAACGUUCAAUCAAAAACCUCAGAAAGCUUUGCAAAAGUGUUUAGAAGAACAUGGAAAAAAAGCUAGAAUCUGGCAGGUUCUUUAAAGCCUCCUAAUGUAACAACAUUUCAAAUGAUCAACACUGUUCCUGAAAUAAGAUUCCAGUUUUGUAAAGAGUGGCAGAAAGUAGUUGAAAGGUUACCAUCUAGACAUUUGGUCGAAGGCAAACACAGGUAGUCUUGAAGGUUUUUGGUCAGCGUUCUCUUCUGCUGCAGACUCUGUUGGGGUUGACAUGGAUUUACACACUUAGUGACACACAGUCAUAUGUACAAUAGGACAGAUUUUGUAAGGCUGAUAAAUGGCAGCAUUUGAAAUCUUAAAGCUGAUGUGGAAAAUGUAGGAAUCUGCAAAACUGCUGCUGUUUACACUGCAACUUCUCAGAUCCACACAACACUUUUCCCCCCCUGGUUACAUAAAACCUGUUUUUGGAGUUUAUGAGCCUCAUUAAGUUUUGGGUUUGAGGGUUUUUAAAGUUGCAUGGACUCUGUACAUGAAUCAGUGCACAUUAAAAAAAAUCAAGCCGUGGGCCUAAAACCAUUCAUUCACUCCAAAUUGCAUUCUCUGUAUUCCAAUGUUCAGAUUUUAUUGCUCACAAAUUUAAGUGAACAGAUGGACUUUUCCUCUUGGCUUUACAGCUUAUCUCUGAAAAGAAAAGAAUCUGCUACUCGGCAUUCAUAUUUAUCAAUCAUAUUUAGCCUUAUUGUGUAAAGUAAUCAUAGUUAUUGACACAUUCUAAAAAAGCUAACUAGGAAUUUCACCGCGUUCCUCAAUUUACUCUUUUAGAACCGUACAAACACUCUAUCAAAUGUUUAUUUAUCAGAACAUGUUUUGAGUGUGAAGAGAGCUGUUGGACUCUGCUGCUCGCAUGGCGUUAGAACUUUUGUUCACUGAGGCAUUUCCAGUCAGCUUCAUAUGUACAAGGUUUGAUGCUUGAAAACUAUACAGCAUUUUUGUAGAAACUAGAGGCAUCGUUUCUGAAUCCGAAGCAGCAUGUACCAUUAAUGCACACAUGCAUGGGACUACAUGGGUCAGACGCAUCACACAUCUUUGUAGUUUAUCAUGUUGUCCAAAAGUUUGAAGUUUACCAUGAACGUCCCUCCUUUGAAAGUAAGAUUUUCUUCCCAUGGAAGAAUGAUUUAGUUGUGCUUCUGAAGGAUACCAAGGCAUGGUAAUAAUAUUAUUUUUUUGAAAGAUCAAUGCAUGAUAUAUUGGUAGAUCCAGUCGGCAUAAAGGGCUAUUUUUGAAACUCAUUUCCUCUUCUAACUAAAUCUACAGUCUUGGUACUUAAGCCACUGAACUUUAAGAAUUCUUUAAAAAAAAAUCAUAUUUAUUGAAAAGUUAUGUUAAAUUCAGCUAAUUAAAAAGCUUAACCUUACAAACAUACUAAGAAAACUGUGAGAAUGCACAGCAACACUUGUAUGUAUUUAAACAGAAAACAGUUGAUGUUCUGUUUCACGAACGAGGCCCAUAGCAGCCUCUGAUAUACAUUUUACAGGUAUUAUAAUGGUAUCUGUAGUUAUGCAACUCCAUGUCCAAAGCCCGUCAUUCAGACAUUAUUCUCAUGCCCAGGCAGAAUUAGAACGAUUAUUUCUGAUUUUUGUCAUCGACACUUUAGCAUCUUAUCAUGUAUCAACCUUAAUAUGCAUCAGUCUUUGUUGGUUAUUUGUUUAAAUGUAUGUUUUCUUAAUUGAAGCUUUUGUCUGCACAUUUUGUAAUGAACUUUUGAAUGUCCCGUAUGACAAUAGUUUUUUUUUUUAUGAAUCAGUUAUUUUUUUGUGGUCUUUACUGAUCUGCUGAACUUAUAAAGUUUAGAGAUAAAAAGCAGAAUACUUUUCAGAUGCACAAAAAUGGCUUUUCCCCCCCAGACUUAUUUUCUUAUUUAAUGGAAGGAAACUAUGAUUACUGACUAUUUUAUUCCCAAAGACAAUUCAUUCAUAUGGCUGCUGAAAAAUGUUAAAUGAAAAUAAAAGAUAGAUGUUUAGUCUUCAUUAAUAUCAAAUGAGAUGGAGAAAGAGUGGACAUAAAAAGAUUUAUAUCUACUUAUAGAAAGAGAGAGCUGUACAUUUUUAGACUGUGCAUAUAAAUAGUUUUUCAAAGGGCUUUUGUCUUUUUACACUUUUCGGUACUGUAUUUUAAUCAGUUGUUUACUUAUUAAUUUGUAUUUUCUGUUGUAUCUGUUCUUCCACUUUUUUGUUCUUUUUGCAUGAAGGGCAUUUUUCUCCAACAGUUUAAACCAUUUAUUGUAAAGCCUGACUUGUGCUCUUGGAUAAAAAAGUAGCUCAAUUCUACUGGAGGGUUUGAGUGUUUGACAGUUUAUCUUUGGAGCUUUCACAAGGCAAGCAAUCUUUCAGCCUCUGACUUCUUCUUUUGCCUAUUUUGUGUUUCACAUGAUUGUGAAAAGAGGGGAGUUUGGGAGUUGAGCAUCAUCAAUCAAAGCUUAUUUUGUAUUUUUGUUAUCACAAGUAUGUUUUUGCUGUUUCUUCAUCUGCCAUUUUACAAUUUCUCAUCGCACCAAGGAGAAAUGGAGUUGGCAAGCAGAUUGUGCAUUGCUGUUUAGUAUCAGCAAUAUCAGCUGUUUUAGAAAAAUCAGAUAGUAAAAUGCUGCUAGGAACAAAAUGUUUCAGUCUCAAGUUGUAAGAAUUUUGAAUGUGCAUGCAGAAAAAUCAGUUUAAAGAUGUGCAAAAACUACUAUUGCUUUUCCUCCUUGCUUCAAUGUUGCUUUUUUUUUAAAUUGCACCAUGGUUCCAUCAAAGCAAACCGUUUUAUUAAAACUACCAAUAUGCUUUUCUGCAGGUACAACAAACUGUGAUUGUCCAAAUUUGCAUCGAUGUCAUCACAUCAAAUGUGUGUAAACCAAGCUAUCGCUUGACAUUCAGACUAAAUCUGACUGAUGUGGAGGUUUCCUCAGGGAAAUGUAUCUGUAAAGACAUAAAAAGUUGAUUUUCAAACAAAUUUUAGAAAAUCAAGUUUUGGUAAAACCUUUUCUUUUUUAAGUUUGUAUGGAUUUUAGUUUAUUUUGUUUUCCGUUUCCAGCUUCCACCGCUUAUCUGAAGUAUAUGUAUUUUUGUUAUUGGCAGAUAUGUAAAUUAAAAAAAACUUUUGUACUUUAUAAUUUAUUUUAUUUAUUUUGAUCUGUCCCCAACCUCUGACAAAAAUUGUACUUUGAAAUGAUCUUGAUUAAUUCUCUUUUCAUUAAAUGUUCCUAUUGCAGUC